GCAACAACAAACAGGAGCUCGUUUCUCAAAAACUGCCGAAAAUGUAAAUUUAUGACAUAUUAGAAUCAAAAUAUUUUAAAUUCACUAUAGUAGUUAGUUGAAAAAUAUAAUCAGGACAAAUUUAAGAAGAAGCCAUGGCGACGGUGCAUGAACUUGCUGAGGAGUAUGACAGGACAUGUCGAGAAUAUGGUUGUGUUCCGAGCACCUUCAUUGUGGCUGCCUUCAAUAAAGAGAAGGAUGAGACCAUUCUGCGAAAAAAGCAUGGUGAAUUAAGAGAAAACAUGAACAUGCGCCUGCGGGGGAAUGUCCAUAAUCUUGAGCAUUCCAAACUCACUGACCAUGAUGUCCUGAUGUUGUGCAAGACACUCGAAUCGAGUGAGAACACUUACAUCAAUCGACUAGACCUCAAGUACAACAAAAUCACAGAUGAAGGAGCUACUACAUUGGCAGAAUUCCUAAAGAAAAAUGAGGUCAUCAAGGAAGUCAACCUGAUGGAUAAUGAUAUUGAAGAAGACGGAGCUGUUGCCCUUGCCAAAGUCUUACAUAGCAACCAGACCCUUCUCUCUCUCAGGAUGAAUGGCAACAAGUUCGGAAAUAAAGGAGGAAUGGCAUUUGCUCAGGCACUGCAGAUCAAUACAACCUUAUUGGAACUAGAUGUCGGGGAAACAGACCAGAAAACAGAGAGUCUCAUAGCAUUUGCCACCGCCCUGCGAGAAAAUGACACGUUAAAGGCUCUUGGAAUGGAUUCUCCAUUAUUGUUCAGCGUCCAAGAGGAGACAACGGAUCAUUUCGCACGGAUGUUGAAGGUCAAUAGGGGUCUUGUUGAACUUCACCUCCAAAAGUCACGGGUCCGAGAUUUUGGCGCGACAAGACUGUCAGAAAACUUGAUGGAAAAUAUGACACUGCAGUAUCUGGAUUUGAGAUGUAAUCGAAUCACAAGAGAUGGUGCCAAGGACCUAGCAAAGUUAUUGAAAAUGAACGGCACCCUGAAAGUGUUAGACCUAGGCUUCAAUCGAAUAGAGGAUGAUGGAGCAAUAGCCCUGGCAGAGGCUCUAGAAACUAGCAACAUGAGCUUAACCACCCUUGGUCUUCAGUCAAAUCAGAUCGGCGAGAAAGGACUCUGUGCUCUCGCUAACUGCAUGAAAAUCAACUCGUCACUCACCAACAUCUAUGUCUGGGGCAACCAAUUCGAACCCAAAGCUUGUGAGGACUUUGCCCGCCUUGUCAACACCAUGCGCCUGGAUCCGACAGCAACUGAUAUACAGCCCUAUGUCGUGGAUGAAGUAACAUACGUAUCAGAACUGUCACAUGGAAUUCGAAGGAAUUAUUUCUGGGAACCAUGCAUUGGAGACAGUGUACCCAAAGAUGAGGAAAUAGAUCAACGCUUGGUCUCUUUUGGUGUCGUUUAAAACUUUCGAAGAUUUUGUGUCAUAUUGAAGAGGACUUAUUCAUACAGUUUCCGUCCAAAUAUAAAUGGUUUUGGAGAGAUGUUGGUAACAAUUGAAUGCCAUAGGGUUAUUCGUGAUGACAAAAUUCAUAUCGGAGGGUUCAUGCUGUGGUGAAGUGCCAUCCAUAAUCCUAGUGGAUGUGUUUGCAGUGCAAGGUUAUGCACCAGCAGUGGAUUUCUGUCAAAAUUCUGGUGCAAAAUAUCCUUCCAAAACCAGAAAGAGACUGUGAAUGGCUGAACUGUUACCUGUGAUGGGAUUGUUUAAAUGUAUAUUGUAAUGUAUUGAAAGUUUCUGAAUAAAAUAUC